UGGGCAGCCUGUCUUGACACAGCACUGUGCUGAGUGCUUGAGGACGUGUUUCACCAGAUGGUUGGGGUUAGUGUGUGUCAUCACGUUCGAGUGGGGAUUAGGAGCAGGAAGCCUGCCUUGCUGGAGCUGUGUGGUCUUCUCCAAAAGAGAGCUGCAGGCAAGGGCACUCCUUGGCUUGGGGGAGAAGAGGAGAGAUUCGUUUUCAGCAGCCACAAGAAAAGCAGUUGUUGCAGGUGCUGACAGCCACCCAGGGUCAUCUAGAGAAGGUGAAAUUGAGAAAUGACAUGCAGGAUCUCUAAAACAGAAUAACUGCAGAAAAUCUUCCAAGGACUACAUCUGCACAUAUUCUGAGUACCUCUGAGCAUAGAAAUUGAUUAUUCAACCAGGAUACCUAAUUCAAGAUCUGCAGAAACCAGAAGCUUGCGCCUUUUCUGUCAGUUUGCAACACUGGACCCAACACAAUGAAGUAUUCUGGCUGUGCUCUGGUUUUGGCUGUCCUGGGCACAGAACUCCUCGGCAGCCUCUGUUCAACAGUUAGAUCCCAAAGAUUCAGAGGACGAAUACAGCAGGAACGAAAAAACAUCCGGCCCAACAUUAUUCUUGUGCUCACUGAUGAUCAAGAUGUGGAACUGGGGUCCUUGCAAGUUAUGAACAAAACAAGAAAGAUUAUGGAGGAUGGGGGGGCCACCUUCACCAAUGCUUUUGUGACGACACCUAUGUGCUGCCCCUCGCGAUCCUCCAUGCUCACCGGCAAAUAUGUGCAUAAUCACAAUGUCUACACCAACAAUGAGAACUGCUCUUCACCCUCAUGGCAGGCGAUGCAUGAACCUCGGACUUUUGCUGUUUAUCUUAACAACACUGGCUACAGAACAGCCUUUUUUGGAAAAUACCUCAAUGAAUAUAAUGGCAGCUACAUCCCUCCUGGGUGGCGAGAGUGGCUUGGAUUAAUCAAGAAUUCUCGUUUCUAUAAUUACACUGUUUGUCGAAAUGGCAUCAAAGAAAAGCAUGGAUUUGAUUAUGCAAAGGACUACUUCACAGACUUAAUCACUAACGAGAGCAUUAAUUACUUCAAAAUGUCUAAGAGAAUGUAUCCCCAUAGGCCCAUUAUGAUGGUGAUCAGCCACGCUGCACCCCACGGCCCAGAGGACUCGGCCCCACAAUUCUCAAAACUGUAUCCUAAUGCUUCCCAACACAUUACUCCUAGUUAUAACUAUGCACCAAAUAUGGAUAAACACUGGAUCAUGCAGUACACAGGACCCAUGCUGCCCAUCCACAUGGAAUUCACAAACGUUCUACACCGCAAAAGACUUCAAACUUUAAUGUCAGUGGAUGAUUCUGUGGAAAGGUUGUAUAAUAUGCUUGUGGAAACAGGGGAGCUGGAGAAUACAUACAUCAUCUAUACUGCAGACCAUGGCUACCAUAUCGGGCAGUUUGGGUUGGUCAAGGGGAAAUCCAUGCCAUAUGACUUUGAUAUCCGUGUGCCUUUCUUUAUUCGUGGGCCAAGCGUAGAACCAGGAUCAAUAGUCCCACAGAUUGUUCUCAACAUUGACCUAGCUCCAACUAUCUUGGAUAUUGCUGGGCUCGAUACACCUGCUGAUGUGGAUGGGAAAUCUGUCCUCAAACUUCUGGACCUGGAAAAGCCAGGUAACAGGUUUCGAACAAACAAGAAGGUCAAAAUUUGGCGUGACACAUUCCUGGUGGAAAGAGGGAAGUUUCUACGUAAGAAGGAAGAAGCCAAUAAAAAUGUCCAACAAUCAAAUCACUUGCCUAAAUAUGAAAGAGUCAAAGAACUAUGCCAGCAGGCCAGGUACCAGACAGCCUGUGAACAACCUGGGCAGAAGUGGCAGUGCAUCGAGGACACAUCAGGCAAGCUCCGGAUUCACAAGUGUAAAGCUUCUACUGACUUGAUCUCAGCCCGACAGAGCACACGGAACCUCUUCUCUCGAGGCUUCCAUGAUAAAGACAAGGAGUGUCAUUGUGGAGAGGCUGGUUAUCGAGCGAGCAGAGGCCAGAGGAAGAGUCAGCGGCAAUUUCUCAGAAACCAAGGGACACCAAAAUACAAGCCCCGAUUUGUCCAUACUCGGCAAACACGUUCCUUGUCGGUUGAAUUUGAAGGUGAAAUCUAUGACAUCAAUCUGGAAGAGGAAGAAUUGCAAGUGCUCCAACCGAGAAGUCUUGCCAAGCGUCAUGACAGGGGCCCCAGAGGAUACCAGGAUGCCAGCAGUGGAAACAGGGGCACAAUGCUGGCAGACAGCAAUGCCAUAGGCCUACCACCAACCGUUCGAGUGACACACAAAUGCUUUAUUCUUCCGAAUGAUACAAUCCAUUGCGAAAGAGAACUAUAUCAAUCAGCUAGAGCCUGGAAGGACCACAAGGCGUACAUUGAUAAAGAGAUUGAAGCUUUGCAAGAUAAGAUUAAGAAUUUAAGAGAAGUGAGAGGACACUUGAAAAGAAGAAAGCCUGAGGAAUGCAGCUGCAGUAAACAAAGUUAUUACAACAAAGAAAAAGGUGUAAGAAAGCAAGAAAAAUUAAAAAGCCAUCUUCACCCAUUCAAGGAGGCCGCUCAAGAAGUAGACAGCAAACUUCAACUUUACAAAGAGAACAGGAGGCGGAAGAAAGAGCGGAAAGAGAAGAAGCGGCAGAGGAAAGGGGAGGAAUGCAGCCUCCCGGGCCUCACCUGCUUCACACAUGAUAACAACCACUGGCAAACAGCCCCCUUCUGGAAUCUGGGAUCUUUCUGUGCUUGCACAAGUUCUAACAAUAACACGUAUUGGUGUUUGCGAACAGUUAAUGAGACACAUAAUUUUCUCUUCUGUGAAUUUGCCACUGGCUUCUUGGAGUACUUUGAUAUGAAUACAGAUCCUUAUCAACUCACAAAUACAGUGCAUACAGUAGAACGGGGCGUUUUGAAUCAGCUACACAUACAACUGAUGGAACUGAGAAGCUGUCAAGGGUAUAAGCAGUGCAACCCAAGACCAAAAGGCCUUGAAGUUGAGGACAGUUAUGGGAUGGAUGGGAAGGCUAAUUGGCCUAAUCUCACAACAGAUGUCAACUGGCAAGGCCUGGAAGACUUAUACAGUGUAAAUGAAAGUAUCUAUGAGUACAGACAAGACUAUAGACUUAGUCUGGGUGACUGGACUAAUUACUUGAAAGAUGUAGAUAGAAUAUUUGCACUGCUAAACAGUCACCAUGAGCAAAGUAAAGCUAACAAGAGUGAAGGAUUCCUGGCUGAAUCUCCUGAGCUCUCAGUGCUGGUAGAAAUGACCUCAUCUGAGUCAGAUGAAGACCCAAAGCAUACAACUGGGGGAGCACCCCCCAUGUCUCGGCCAGCUGACCAGCAACCCCUGCAUUUGAACAAACCAACAUUUAGUCCAGAGAGCACACUUGAAUGGGACAAUGACAUUCCAGAAGUUGGUCGUCUGAAUUCUGAACACUGGAGAAACCAUAAAACUGAGAAAUGGGUGAAGCAUAAAGAGAUAAAUUACACGGAAACUGAUUUCAGUGGCAAUGGCCUGACAGAGCUGGUACUCCAGCCCAACCCCAGGCUGCAGCCCAUGAACAAAAACAUGAAAGAAUUUACUCAGAAUGAUGGCUUAGAAGAACCUGCUUUCCAAGAUCGGUUUCAUCAUUCUAUGCACUCUGAUAUUAAUGCCAUUCAUCUUAUGAACGAUGAUGUGUCCAACAGGGAAAAGCCCAUUAACUCCAGCAUUGUGAAGCAACUGAUAAAAAUGGUAGAAGAAAAUUACAACCAAGAGGGCUUCCCGAGUGUAGAAGGCAGCGCCUCGCUCCCACUCUCCUCGGAUUAGAUGGUAUUGUCACCCUAUCUUGCACACAGUAUUUUUGAAAACUUUUGGUUAGUAAACCAAUCAUAACAACUGACAUUCCAAGCUACCCUAGGAAGAGAUGU